AUGGCUUCUUAUGAGGCUUUGUACGAGCGGAGAUGUAGAUCACCUAUAGGGUGGUUUGAUGUUGGAGAGAAUCAAUUAGUCGACCCAGAUUUGAUACAGCAAGCAGUCGACACAGUGAAAGCCAUCCAAGAAAGAUUAUUAGUGGCGCAGAGUCGACAAAAAUCCUAUGCAGAUAACCGGCGUCGCAAGCUAGAGUUCGAGGUAAGAGAUUGGGUUUUCUUGAAGGUCUCGCCUAUGAAAGGGGUGAUGAGGUUUUGCAAGAAGGGUAAGCUAACCCCUCAGUACAUCGGACCAUAUAAGAUUAUUCGUACAGUGGGUAAAGUAGCAUAUGAAUUAGAAUUACCUUCUGAGUUAGAGUCCGUACAUCCAAUAUUUCAUGUGUCCAUGCUCCGUAAAUGGAUAGGAGAUGGCUCGAGAGUCAUGUCAGUAGAUGAUAUCCAGGUGACUGAGCAAUUAUCAUAUGAGGAAAUCCCUAUGGCAAUAUUAGAUAGGCAAGUCCGUCGACUACGAAAUAAGGAUGUUGUUUCUGUUAAAACGAACACUGUAGAUACUGCUGGUUUACUAAGAAUAAGCUAUGAAUCUUUCCCUACUGAUAUUGCUUUAAUGGAGAUAGAGCGAUUAAAUGGUCGUAUAGUAAAGUAG